AUGGGGAGCCUACAGUUUAUCCUUGUGUUCUUUAUCUUGCUCUCCUAUGUUCCACCAGUUAGAAGUGGAAUGAAUAUGUACAUCAGACGGAUUUACGAUCUGUGCUGGAAGCUAAAGGGCUUUUGCAGGACCGAGUGUAAAGAAAAUGAAAUUUAUCACAUUUUUUGUGGUACUGAAUUUCUGUGCUGCUUACAAAAAAAGGAGAUGCCCAUUCUCUUUGUGAAGUAG